GAGAGAUGAACAGCGGCGUUCUCUCAGUAAAGAUGUGGCUCUGUGUGUUUCUGCUCUACUCUGUGCUGCAGGAAUCUUCAGGCUGCACUGUAGAGCGAGGUUUGGGAGACACUAUCACCAGAUCUGCUGGAGAUUCUGUGGAGCUGCCGUGCUCCUGCACACAACAAACAAAGGAAGAUCCUCAGACAGUUCAGUGGGGAUUUAAGAGAAAGUUCAUACAAGGCGACUACAAUGCUGAUCACUCAGUGUUUCAAGAGGACGGCAGUCAGAAUCAGCGCUACAGAGGCAGAGUUCAGAGACUGAAUCAGAAUAAACCAGGAACUGUAGCUCUAAUCAUCUCCCACCUCACUGAGGAAGAUGAAGGAGCGUAUCUGUGCGGGAACAACAGGAAAUAUAACAGAGCCGUCAUUCUCCAAGUCUCCACAGGCUGUGCUGUGCUGAGUGACAGUGAGAGAACGUUCUCCAGAUCUCCAGGAGAGUCUGUUCUGCUGCCCUGUCCCUGUCCCCCAGACCAACACAGGAUCAACCCUGACAGAGUCACAUGGACUAAAGAUCAGACUGCAGUGUCUAAUGAUACAGAAUCCUACAGAGGCAGAGUCUGGAUGUUCGACCAGAACCAUUCCAGAAAUUUCUCUCUCCUCAUCUCAGAUCUGACUAAAGAGGACUCUGGACGCUACACCUGCAGAGCUGACGAGAAGGACAUGCCAUUUGUCCUGCUGGAUGUCACAGGCUGCACUCUGUCAGAGAAUAAGCAGACUGUUCCAGUCAGUAGAUCCUCAGGAGAGUCUGUUCUUCUGUCCUGCACCUGCACUGACCAGCAGGGCAGACCUGUGGGAGUUCAGUGGAGAACACCAAACCAUGAAGAUCUCCUUCAGCACUACAGCGGCCGAGUUCAGACAUCUAACCAGAGCUCUCCAGGAAAUUUCUCUGUACUGAUCUCAGACCUGACUGAAGAGGACGGAGGAACAUAUUCAUGCUGGAUAAACCAGAAUCAGUACAGGAACUUCAGCCUCACUGUUAAAGACUGCAAACUGUCAGAGACUCAGGAGAAAGUCAUUCACAAAUAUCCAGGAGAGUCUGUUCUCCUGCCCUGCGCCUGCUCUGACCAACACACCAAACCAGUAAGUGUGAAAUGGGACCAUGUAGACUCAGAAGGGACUGAGGUAUCCAAUGAGACGGAGCUCUACAAAGGCAGAGUCCAGAUGUUUAAUAAGUACCGUCCAGCAAAUCUCUCUCUGCUGAUAUCCAACCUGACUGAACAAGACGAGGGAACAUACAGAUGUUCAAUCAACAACAAACAGUCCAUCAACAUCAGACUCAACAUUACAGACUGCAAACUGUCAGAGACUCAGGAGAAAGACAUUCACAAAUAUCCAGGAGAGUCUGUUCUCCUGCCCUGCUCCUGCUCUGACCAACACACCAAACCUGUAAGUGUGAAAUGGGAGCGUGUGGACUCAGGAGGGACUGAGGUAUCCAAUGAGACACCACGAUACACAGGCAGAGUCCAGAUGUUUAAUAAAAACCUUCCAGCAAAUCUCUCUCUACUGAUCUCCAACCUGACUGAACAAGACCAGGGAACAUACAGAUGUUUAAUCAACAACAAACAGUCCAUCAACAUCAGACUCAAAAUUAGAGACUGCAAACUGUCAGAGACUCAAGAGAAAGUCAUUCACAAAUAUCCAGGAGAGUCUGUUCUCCUGUCCUGCUCCUGCUCUGACCAACGCACCACUCCUGUAAGUGUGAAAUGGGAGCAUGUAGACUCAGGAGGGACUGAGGUAUCCGAUAAGAUGGCAAACUACACCGGCAGAGUCCAGAUGUUUAAUAAGAACCUUCCAGCAAAUCUCUCUCUACUGAUCUCCAACCUGACUGAACAAGACCAGGGAACAUACAGAUGUUCAAUCAACAACAAACAGUCCAUCGACAUCAGACUCAACAUUAAAGGCUGCACACUGUCAGAGACUAAAGACAAACUGAUUAGCAGAUCUCCAGGAGAUUCUGUUCUCCUGCCCUGCUCCUGCAUUGACCAACAAACCAAACCUAGAAAUGUGAAAUGGGAGCAUGUAGGCUCAGGAGGGACUGAGGUAUCCAAUGAGACGCCACGAUACACAGGCAGAGUCCAGAUGUUUAAUAAGAACCUUCCAGCAAAUCUCUCUCUACUGAUCUCCAACCUGACUGAACAAGACCAGGGAACAUACAGAUGUUCAAUCAACAACAAACAGUCCAUCAACAUCAAACUCAGCAUUACAGCAGAGAAGAGAGAAAUCUCAGAUUCCUCAGGUUCGCUCAUCCCUUGGAUUGUCUGUGUGGCUCUGCUGUUUAUAGUGAUUGGACAAUCAGCACUGAUCUACAAACUGCUCCACAAUAGGACACAAGGGUCUGCCUCUACCAACACUGAGAGAGGAACACAGAACAUAGCUGAUGAUGAUUAUGAAAAUAAUCCUUCUGGAGCCCGGAACAAGAUCAGCAUGGCUGCAAUCUACCAGAGCCUGGACCCAAACACCAACCAAUCAGAUUCAGUCUACCAGGGCCUAAACCCAAACACCAACCAAUCAGAUUCAGUUUACCAGAGCCUAAACCCAAACACCAGCCAAUCAGAUUCAGUUUACCAGAGCCUAAACCCCAACACCAUCCAAUCAGAUUAAGUUUAUCAGAGCCUAAACCCAAACACCAACCAAUCAGACUCAGUUUACCAGAGCCUAAACCCAAACACCAGCCAAUCAGAUUCAGUCUACCAGAACUGAAACACCAACACCAACCAAUCAGAUGAGCCAGCCUACAUGAGUCUACAUGAGCCUAAGCCCCAACACCAACCAAUCAGAUUGUCUACCAACACCAACCAAUCAGAUGAGCCAGUCUGCAUCAGUCUACCAGAGACUAAACCACAACCAGAGCUGAAAUCCCAAUACUUACAGAGCUAAACCCAGAUUCAUGUGUCUAAACCCUUCAAAAUACUGCAGCAAUAAAUUGAGGUUAUAUUUUGCGAUGAUCAUGAUGAAAAUAUUGGACACUGCCUUUUCAUUCUAAUCCAUGUUAGGAAAUCUGAAGAAACCUGUUUAACUCAACUUCAGUUCUGUAAACUUUAUCUAUGCAUUAAAUCAAGUUAAGAUAUAGAUUAUUGCUUUCAAGAAUAUUUGGUGAACUUAUUUACAAAAUAACUUUAUUUCAUAAUUAAUGUGUUUCUUGCUAGAGCUUAAGUUACAUUUCAGUCUUUGCAUAAGUCAUGAUGUGCUCUUAUUUACUGUAAUAUUGGUUCUCUGAAUGUUAUGUACGCAUGUUUAAUGAAUAUAUGUAUUUGAAAUGAAUGUCAGUUGGAUGCACAAGUGUUGUGUAAUUGUGUGAGUGUAAUUUUUCAGCAUUCAGUUCUGUGUUUGUGAUAAAUAAUGUGCUUUUGUAUAUCUCUGAAUGUAUUUUAAAUAGUUGAGCUUGUAUGAACUUGAAUUGGAUCUUCUUAAUUUGUCAUAUUGUAAAUCCAUCCAUCCAUCCAUUUUCUAAGCCGCUUCUCCGUCAGGAUCGCGGGGGUGCUGGAGCCUAUCCCAGCAGUCAUCGGGCAGAAGGCAGGACACACCCUGGACAGAUCGCCCGUCCAUCGCAGGGCAGAUAUUGUAAAUCUUUUUAAUUUAAUAAAGGAAACUGAAACUGUAACUAC